CGUGUCCAGACAGAGACUAAUGGACCAUCUACCAUGACAUUGUACCGUACUUCCCGGACUUUCCUCCCUCUCCUUAAACACAUCGCACGCCACUGGCCAGCUAACUGCCAGUGGACCAAUCCGCUUGCUGUUUCCCUCAAUCUCCACCAUUGCAGGGGGCUGUCCACUGAUGGGUUCUCCCCUCAGCCAAAGAUUAGUCAAAGUUCUGUCGAACUUCUUGGCCGUGUCCACCUGCGAGAUGAUAUGACCAAUGUGACGGCUAAAAUAUUGUCCAAGGUUGGCCGGCAACUUCAAAACCGGCCGCACCACCCCUUGUGGCUUAUUAAGGAACGCAUCAAAGACCAUUUCUACUGCUCCUACAUCGGUCGCUCGGGAAACCCAAUCUUUUCAGUACAUGACAACCUCAGUCCAAUAGUGACAGUGGAACAGAAUUUCGAUAGCCUGCUUAUCCCGCAAGACCAUCCUAGUCGGAAAAAAGGAGAUAACUACUACUUGAACCGCACACACAUGCUGCGGGCGCACACCUCCGCCCACCAGAAGGAGCUGGUGCGCUCUGGGCUGGACUGCUUCCUGCUGGCUGGAGAUGUGUACAGACGAGAUGAGAUAGACUCCAGCCACUACCCUGUCUUUCACCAGAUGGAGGGAGUACGGCUGUUCUCAAACCAUGAGCUGUUCGCCCAAGUGGAGAAUGGUGAGGAUUUGUCCCUAUUUGAGCGUGAUGGUCGUCGCUCUUUUCAGAAACAGGAAACGCACACGCUGGAGGCCGUCAAACUGGUGGAGUUUAAUCUGAAACGGACACUCACACGCCUCAUGAGACACCUGUUUGGGGAAGAUCUGGAGAUCCGUUGGGUGGACUGCUACUUCCCUUUCACACACCCCUCCUUUGAGAUGGAGGUGCGCUUCCAGGGUGACUGGUUGGAGGUGCUGGGCUGUGGGGUGAUGGAGCAAGAACUGGUGAACUCAGCUGGUGCUGGUAAUAAAAUGGGCUGGGCUUUUGGUCUCGGGCUGGAGAGGUUGGCCAUGGUUCUGUUCGGCAUCCCAGAUAUUCGACUUUUCUGGAGUGAGGACGAACGCUUCCUGAAGCAGUUCUGCUUGUCUGACAUCAAUCAGCCUGUAACCUUUCAGCCUCUCAGUAAGUAUCCUCUGCUCUUUAACGACAUCUCUUUUUGGCUGCCAUCUGAAGGCUACACGGAGAACGACUUUUACGACCUGGUCCGAAGUGUGGGAGGAGAUCUUGUGGAGAAGGUCACGCUGUUGGACAACUUCACGCAUCCAAAGACAAAGAGAGUAAGCCACUGUUACCGCAUUGUAUAUCGUCACAUGGAGAGAACGCUGACCCAGGACGAAGUGCGGCUUAUUCAUGAAGCCAUUGAGCAGGUGGCUGUAAAAGAGCUUGGAGUGGAGGGAAGAUACUGAGACUUCACAGGAACCAACAUCGCCUUUCUCAGAUAUUUCCUUGGGAAUUGAUGGUGAUCUUUAAGAGUCUUUCACCUUUUCUUGGUUCACAGAAAUAGUCUCACCUCUAUGAGAUAAAUAAAAUGUGUCAUCUUUUUUUUAUAGCAGUUAAAACAGUACUUUGGGACUCCAUUUUCAGUUUUCUUAAAGGAAUCGUUCAAUCAACAGUUACAUUUCUGUUGUUAUUUAGUUCACCUGAGUAAACAAAGAUGAAGAUUUGAAUUAUGGGGUGAACUACUGUAUUCCUUUAACAAACAUUCGGUUUUAUUACAUAGGAAGCAGAAUUUUGACCUUUAAAUGACCUUUUUGGUUACAAUAACUUGGCCUGAUUGCACAAACUCCCACAUCACACUAGCUUUUUCAUGGCGCUAAAAGCCAGGCUUACUUAAAUAAACUGGGAGUGCUGCACAUUUAAAGUCAAUACAAAUGUCAAAGAGGCCUUUUACACACAUGGAUAUGCUUGAAACAGAGCUAACAGAUAUGGAUCUAAUUUCUAUACCUUCCUUAGAUGAUGUGAGGUAUCACGUAAUGAGCUGCUGCCCUGAAAUUAGUAAGACAAUGAAACGAUCCCUGAAAGUGACUAUGCAGUAAAAUGGUAAACAGGAAGCUAAUGUUGUGUUGUUUGUGGUAGAAAAUAAACUGAAUGUU